AGACAACAAUGGCCGAUGCUGUCUCGGGCCUCACGGUGCCCCUGCAUAUAGUAACGUAAGGCGAGGCGAUACACAGCAUAUAAUUAAAUGGGUUCACCAGCUAUAAUACCAGCAUAAUCCCCUUCAGAUAUUUUACUCUUUGGCAGCACUCUCGAACCUACCUUCGAAAACAAACACUUACCUCCCCAAAAUGCACUUCUCCAAAAUUCUCCCACUUGCUGCCUUAGCUUCCUUAGCUACUGCUCAAGGACCGGAUUAUUGGGCGAGAUUUUCGACUAAGGCUGGGGAAAUUUUUGACGUCACGGCGCAAGGUUGCGUCAAUUUCCAGAAAUCACAACCAAUCUAUAAUACGCUGGUUGUGAAGAUUCCGUUUCGAUGCGACGUAUUUGAGGCUCGAGACUGCGUUGGUAGACAUGAGCCAUUCUCUAACGGCGCACACGAAAUUACUGAAUUGCAGUUCAAGUCGGUCAAUUGCUAUUUCACUUAAAUGGCUAUGAUAGAGGAGGGAUUGUGCCGAGGCUACAGUGUCUACAUGCUUAGCCAAAGGAUGGCGAUAGGAGUGUUUGACGUGUCAAAGGUGGCUCAUGUUAGCUAGUUUGAAUAAAUACAGAUCCUAAAAUUCUGCUA